AUGAACUCAACUGCGGUGCAAUUCAGUCCGGUCAAGGAUGGACGUCGAAUCCUCGGCGAGAAGGACACCAACGCGUGUCUAUCUCCCGCCCACACCAAACACUCAUACCCAGUGGUGGGAACACCCGUGAAGCGGACGAUUGCAACGUCACCCCGGAAGCUACUUCCUUCUCCGAUAUUUGCCGGUCAGAAACGGACAAGAGAUCAAUUGGAUGAGACAGAGGAGAACAUAGAGCCUGCAAAGCAGCGCGAAGCUUCUCCGCAGCCCGUUCAAACACCAGAGAACCAGAUGAAAGGCCAGCUAUAUAACACAUCCAACGUGAUGGACUCACACAUUCCCACACCCCAAAAUUCACAGCCCGAACGCGACGAGACACAACAAACCGAAACUGAAACCGAAGCCUUCGACGUUCCCCGCACACCAGAGGAAGAGACGCGUAGCGUCCCAGAUGACUCUGACGCGCGGAAAGUGUUUAUCCAAGAGAAAGCAAGCCUCCUCCGCUCAAGGCUACAAAGUGCCAUGCGCAAUGUGGCAGACCACCAAUUCGACCGCCGGGUCUCGGAUCUAGACGCACAUAGCCGCAAAUGCCCCCGACUCUCAUUCUCCGUCCUCUCCACACCACCCCUCUCGUCGCGCAAGCAAUUCACCACAUUCCCUUCCUCGUCAUCCCAACUGAAGACGCCACGAAUUGGCACUUCCGCGUUCAUUUCUACUCCCUUCCACAGCACCCCCGACCUCCCGGGUCGACCAUCCCCAUUGUCUUCCAGCAUUGUGCAGCCUCGUGCGAAGAAGCAUUCGCAACGAACACCACCUAGACACCUUGGAUCUCCCAUGCAGCUCAGCAGCCCGCCGGCUACGGUCGUUCGGCACGAGCAAGAACGACAAACGAGCUUGGGGCCGAGAGCUGAGCUGAUGAAUAGCGAGAUCUCGCCUUCUCAGCGAGGAGACGCGGUCGACGGUCUACUCAAGCUUAUGAGUACGGCAGGAAACCAGAGUUCUGACGCUUGGACAGGGUGA